AUGGCUGAAAAUACCGAUUUUAACGAAGAUAUAUUAAACGCGAACCUAACGGGUUAUUCAGAUACUGAUGAUGAUAAUGAUGAUGAUAAUGAUGAUGCUGCUGCUGCGAAUAAUGUUGAAAAUACCGAUCAGACCGACGAUGUGUAUGAUGAUAACACAGAUGCGGUACAAAGAGAUGCAGUAGAUACUGAUGAAAAUAUUCAACCCUAUGAUGGAGAUAAUAUUUCGGAUUUUCAUACUGACAAUGAUUUUCAAAAUUGUGAACCCGAAGAAGAAGCGGGAUUAGACGAACAAGUAAUACAGGGGUUUUUAAAACAUCUAAUGCAACUACAAGAACAAGUUGUGAAGAAAAAGAAAGAGAAUCGUCUCAUUCCAUGUGUUUCGAAUUUUAUGAAAUUAGAUUUUGAUCAAAAAGGCCAACAAAUUUCUCCAACUAUUACGAGACAUCUGUUACAUGUGUGUGAUUUAAUUGUCCGUAACAAACUUGAUAUUAAAAUAGAUCAUGGUGAUCGAGGUGUUUUAGAACAUAUUACCAGUAAAGAUUGUCCAAAGAAAGAUAUAAAAUUUACACUUGUAGAAGAUAUGCGCAUUCACGGUUAUAUUCGGAAAGCCAUCAGACAACUGGAGUCGAUCAAGAAAAAUCAUCCACAAGAAAAUGGGCGAAGAAGUCAAACGGUUAGCGUUGAUAGACGCGAAUAAAUUUAACAACCUGAUGGACAUGCUUACUAAAAAUAACGCAAGAGACGAAUUAUUGAACAACGCAAAACGAAGCAGCGAAGAGGCAGGUCUUAUUGAAAGUCGACAGGAAGUUAAAAAAUCUGUUAAAAAUAAUUCUUCCACGGCCGGCAACGACAUCAUUAAUUUUCUAAGAAAAACGGAAAGUUAUCGAAAAUCUGUCGGUCUUGAUCAAAUCGUAGAUGAUGAUGAUGAUGUGAGCGGGGGUAAUACACCCGUCCCGGUGACAGCGGGUGCGUCGGGUGCGGGUCAUAAACCCGGCACAGUUGCUGCUUCGGCAGCAAAAAUCGAAGAACAUUUACGAAAACACAAUGUAAAACCGAUACCGCAAGGUAUUAAAUAUGGAGACAGUGAAAUGGGUAUAUCCUAUCAGGAUAUGAUGGAAGAUUUAACACGAAACUACACCCAAACCCAACCAAAUCUAAAUGAAAACAACCGUCGUAGGGUAUUGCUAUUAUUAAAAAAGACAAAUAUGCCAAUUUCAUAUAUUCGAAAUAAAAGAAUUAAAGAAGAGUACAAACAAAUUUUGAAUCAAAGCAAACAGCCUCGCAAACCACCCACAUUCAUUCCUAUACCACAAACGAGUUCUGGUAAAAGAAGAAAAAGGGGAUAUCUUUCAGAUUAA